AUGAGCCGUGAGUGUAACCUCAUUGUUGACCAGCCCGGGGAGGAGAACAAUGCCACGCGAACGGGGCCUGUGAGGUCGACAACUGUGCACACGAUCCUCGGGCGCAUAAAGGCAUGCCAGAUGGCGGCGAGGGUGGAGGCGACGCUGUACCGAGAGAAGGAGCUGGGCAUCAUGAGGGAGAUCUCGGUGGUCAGAUCGGAGGUGCGGUUCAACGUCCGCCACAAGAACGAGAGGGACAUCAAGAACUGCGCCGACCGUCGACGCAGCACCAUCGGCGAUACCUACACCGCCGAGCAGUUCCGCCAGAUCAUGAUGAGGGUGCUGCCGACAUGGGCGGCGGCGGCGUGGAAUCCGCGGGCAACCACUCCGUCGCAGACGCUGUGGCGAUUCCUGCUCGUGAAGGUGCUCACGCUACUCUGA